CAUAAGGAAGUCAAAACCCUGUGUGCUUCUUGCUCUAUGUCUGUUCUUGAAUUUCCCACAUAGACCUGUACUAAAGAUGUUGUCACGAAAUCUUUUCAUUGCUUCAGUAGCAUUUGUCUUUCUGGCAACAGCAGUUUCAGCUGCUCCUGUUGAAGACAAAGACCCAGAGGAAAAUGAUUUUGAAGCAGAGGAGGGUGAGGAAGAGCUCUCGGAGGAAGAAGAGGAUGAUGAUGACUCCAAAGGUCAACAUAUGAAGGGAGCUGGAGCCCAGCAAGCCACAAUGGUGCCCAAGGGCCCUGGUGUGACUGUUCUACCUGGCACUUCUCCGGUGGGCGAACCUCCAAACGGUCACAAAGUGAAUGGAGCGGGUGCUGCACAGACAAGCCUUAUCUCAUCAAGUGGCUCCUCAGCAGCAGCAGCUGGUGCUGAUGGAAGUAACGGAAGAGACUCCCAAGCCUUGCCCUCAAGUUCUCAAGGUGCUGUUUUAAGUGUGGCUGGUCAUGGGAGCUCAGGGUCAAAGGUCCCUGGUGCAGCUGAUACUGCUUACUCAGACACUGUCUCUCAUGGAUCACCAAGCCAAGUAUCUCUGAGCCAUGUGUCAUCAGGCCAAGUGUCUUCAAGCCACGUGUCAAGUCUGAUUACAUCAGAACAGACGAGUGGUUCAGCUUUCGUUUCCUCUGAAGUCCAGUCGCAAACGGAGGAAGCAGCAACUACAGAUUUACCUACACAUGAAUAUGGAGACAAUGGUGAAAGCCUGACACUUCACAUUGGAUCUCAAAUUGAAGCUCCAGGCUCAGAGUCUGUAAUAGAGACACCAGAGACUGAGGCCAAUGGUAAUGGACACAAACAACUCAUCAAUGGACAAGAGACAGGACACCCAGGCAUGAAUAACUUCAUGGAGGGCACGACUCAAAUAGACUCGACAGGUGGUUUUGACUCAUUUGGUUCCAAUCUGGAAUUUACAGGUAUUAUAGACCAUUCCAGCCAUGACUUCCUUAUUGGUUUGAUGGGUGGCAUUGGGGAUAGCUUUGCUCCGGAUCCCUACACCGACACUAUAGCAGAUCACAUGGGACUUGCUUUUCAGGUAGAGACAACAGGUGCUGGACUAGAUCCUGGACUGCCAGCCAUUAUCAGUUCAGCUCGACCAGCUCCUCAGUCUGCAGGAAACGGGCUAGUUGCUUCUGCCAGUGUGACCUCUGACAAUGGUGCUCAGUACAACGUUCCUGGAGAUGUGACAGAAGGUGCUGAAAACAAUGGUGCUGAUUCACCCAGUAUAAAUGGCAAUGGCCGUCUCAGACCGGUUACAGACCUGCACAAAGGCGAUCCUUCUGGGACCGACACCCACCUUUACACAACAGGUGAACACCAUGGACUCAUCACACACACACACACAGCAGAAACCCUGGAUGUUAAGGACCCCACCAUUAUCCCCGUCACCAAAAUCCCCUCGGAAGCCGCAGUCACAUCACGUGCUGCAGGUGUGGGAACGCAAGCGGACGUGACAGCAGGUUUAGAAGGCGAACCGGUGACCAACGGACACAGACAAAUCGACAUAACAAUCAUGGGUGAUUCCAUCUACACGUCUAGACCUGCAGAUACGUUAGGCUAUGAAAGCACUGGUGUGACUGAAGGAAUCUCAAAUCAUACAGAUUCUAUGGUUGAUACUAGGGCUGGAUUUACAGACGCCUCACAGACACACAGUAGCGUGAUUCAGACAGAGCUCAUAGUCACAGGGGAUCCAGUUGGAGUCUCCUCACAGACAGAUGCUACGGGAACAGCUGUAGCUGAACCUCAUGGGACUCUCAGGGGUCUAAGCCAACCUGGUGCUACUGAACAGACACAAGCAGCUGUUUCAGCAGGUGAACAGUACCACACAUCUGGUCAGGGUCCUGAAGGUGCAGAAAAUGUGGAACUGGAAGAUACCUGCUGACUUUCACAUGAAGCCGCGCGUGAAGUUUCUGCGCUACAGAUUUCAGUGUACGGACCAGUCGGCCUGGCAGAGGAACAGCGACCCCAGCCACUAGCCUUAGCUUUGAUUCAUGCGCCUCAGUUGUUAUUUUAUUACAUGUUUAACUAUUUAAACAUUACGACGACGCUGUAACGAACAUUUUACUGCACCUGUUUGUAAUUUUAAGCGGCCACAUUAUUAAAUGUCUUUAAUGAAAAAGGGACGAAUUUAAUCGUGGAGGGAGGGGAGAGGGAGAAAGUCUGCCCUUUAAACCGGAAGUGUUAAAAGCGUACAUUUCAAAUCGAACUUCUUUUCUCACGUCUCGCUGUAUUUCCACGCCUAGCUGCACGAGCAAUAUUCUCUACAAGUGUCAUAUAUUGUACAUUUCUAAAUGUCAUUUGAAAAUCACAUUAAAAUUUAACAUCUAUUUUGAA